GGAAAUGAUGGACCGGACCGGAUCAUGGAGCUUGUGUCCGGACUUUUGAGCAAAGCAUUGUUUUUAACGGGACUUUCUAACGAGACGAAUGACAAGAGACGAAAGAAGAUGGAGGAGAAAGCGCUGGAGGUGUACGGUCUGUGUUUACAGGUGAAGCUUCAGCGCUGUCUGCCCUUCAAACACAAGCUGGAGAUUUAUAUAACAGAGGGAACACACUCGAUCGAGGAGGACAUCAAUAAGCAGAUCAAUGAUAAGGAGCGCGUAGCGGCAGCGAUGGAAAACCCCAACCUGCGGGAGAUUGUGGAGCAGUGCGUCACCGAGCCGGACGACUGAACACAAGCACACGCACACACACAGACUUCCUGGAGGAAAGUUGCAUCACCUCAGAAAACAAGAGAAGAGACUUAGCUUCAUCCCUCAUGUCCUCAAAGCCAACAGGAGAGGCUUCAGCUUCUGUUUACACUCAGAUGAAGAGGAUCUCACUGAAAAAACAUCCCAAAAACAGUGGGAUACUAUAUUUAUGAACUACAAAACAUCAUUUAUGGGCUAUAAAUCAUCAUUUAUUCACUAUAAUACAUUAUUUAUGGGCUAUAAAACAUACUUUAUGAGCUAAAAACAUAAUUUAUGAGCUCCAAACCAUUUAUGAGUCAUAAAAUAUACUUUAAACAUUAUUUAUGGACUAUAAAACAUACUUUUUGGGCUAUGAAACAUCAUUUAUUAGCUAUAAUACUUCAUUUAUGGGCUAUAAAAACAUACUUUGAACAUUAUUUAUGGACUAUAAAACAUACUUUAUGAGCUAAAAAUGAUCAUUUAUGAGCUCCAAACCAUUUAUGAGCUAUAAAACAUACUUUAAACAUUUUUUUAUGGGCUAUAAAACAUCAUUUAUGAGCUAUAAAUCAUAAUUUAUUAGCUAUAAAACAUUAUUUAUGAGCUUUAAAUCAUCAUUUAUUAGCUAUAAUACAUUAUUUAUGGGCUAUAAAACAUACUUUGUGGCCUAUAAAACAUUAUUUAUGAGCUAUAAAUAAUCAUUUAUUAGCUAUAAAUCGUAAUUUAUUACCUAUUAAACAUACUUUAUGAGCUAUAAAUCAUCAUUUAUUACCUAUAAAACAUUAUUUAUGGGUUAUAAUACAUUAUCUAUGGGCUAAAAACCAUAUUUUAUAAGCUCCAAAACAUUUACAAGCUAUAAAACAUACUUUAAACAUACUUUAUGGGCUAUAAAACAUACUUUAAAAGUUAUUUAUGGGCUAUAAAACAUACUUUAUUAGCUAAAACGUCAUUUAUGAUCUAUAAAUCAUCAUAUAUGAACUAUAAAAUAUCGUUAUGAACUAUAAAUCAUCUUUUAUUAGCUAUAAAUGAGUGUUUAUGAUCAUGAGUUGGUGCAGUAGUUUUCGGUGUUGGGUAAAGUUACUUUUAAAUGUAAUAUAUUGUGAUCUUAAAUCACUUAAAGUAAUGGGAGAGUAUGUUAGCAUUGAUUAAGACAGGCUUGCGAUAUAUUUCUUUUAAUAGUAACUUUACCCAACACUGAUAAUGUCUGAACUAAAUGAUGUUGUUAUGUUUUUUAUGGUGUUUUUUCAUCCAUCCGUCCUCCAUUCUGUAAUUGUACAGAAAAGAGCAACAUGAACAUUCUGAUAAACAUCUCAUUUGAAGUCGUGUUGUUUUGGGUGGAAUUGAAGUCGAGUAAUGAUACUAAACUUGUUUUUAAAGAAUUGUUUUGUAAGAGAUGGUGAUGAUAAUGAGCUUGUAAAUAUUUUGAUUUUGUAAGGGAAAAGUCUAUAUUUGUAGAACUGGAGAGCUUAUGAAUAAAAACUUUCUCAGAGAUAUAAGAAGAGGUUUUUAUAUAUACAUGGAAAUUGAAUUUUUGUAGCGUUCAUUUGUAUGUUAUAGGCCUGGACUUUUCAAUGAAGCUAAUGUAAUUUUGUAUAAUCAAUAUAAUUACAGUACACACUGAUUGUAAAUGAAAUGUUAACAUAUACAUGUGUACUUUGCAUUAUAAAAAUAUUAAAGAUAAUAUUAACAUUUAAA